ACCUUUUUACCUUUUUCUGGGUUCUGCCCGUCCCUAGUUGAGGCUGAAAGACUAUCUCGAACUGAGGAGAGAAAGGACCGUGCAGGAAACACUGGAGAAUCCUUUGUUUUCCGUCAAAGGGAUGGCUCCUCCACUCCUUGUGAAUAAAGCGUGCAGAAUGGUGCAAAGGGAACGAAGCCAACCAAUUUCUCGUCCUGGGAUGUAGCUAUACUGUGGAAUGAAUGCGGGUUGACAUCGCUUUAGCUGCCUUGGCUCAAUGCUAGGGAAUCCUGGGAGCUGUAGUUUGAAUAAAGUGAAUUGUACUGAUUUCCUCCAAAUACAAUUUUGAAGUGACUGCUGUCUUUGUCAGCCAGCAUGGCUAUAGCAUCAAGAAGGAUUGUUUUAUCCAGUACCAUUUGGAUGCGUUUGACAGCUCUCACCAGGCAUGGUCUGGUACCUGGUGCAGUUAAUUGUGCUUGUCUAAAAUCUACAUAUUCAGCUCUUCCUGAUGACUAUAACUGCAAAGUGGAACUGGCCUUGACAUCAGAUGGGAAGACAAUUGUUUGCUACCAUCCAACAGUGGACAUUCCCUAUGAGCACACACAGCCUAUUCCCCGGGGAGAUCCCUUGGAUUACAAAGAGGAAACACACGAUCAGGUGCUGAAAUCUAGACUGGAAGAAGAAGAGCUCAAAAACAAGAAAGGCCCCACUAUUGAACAGCUUAGUAAAAUGUUCUACACAACAAAACAUCGCUGGUACCCUGUGGGACAGUACCAUACCAGACGUAAGAAAACCAAUACUCCCAAAGAUAGAUGAUCACAUUUCUUUCUCAUCUUCCCUGCAAACAUGUUUCUCAAGUAUAGGUGUAUAUGAUCUAUUCCAUUAAGGUGCUUUAAAUAUUAAAAGGAUUUUGUGGAUUAAUCUA